CUACGCGAUUAUAUUCCUGCCAAGGUCCUCGCCCGAGUAUCAACGGACGUUAAAGCACGUUCAGACAUAAGUAUGGAGUCCGAGAUAGCUACAAUGGUAUUUGUGAGAUCAAGGACAGACGUUGCAGUGCCUUUUGUAUAUGGCUACUGUCCCACUCGAGAAAAUGCCAUUGGGCAGCCAUUUUCGAUAAUUUCAUUUGUUGAGGGAGAAACCAUGAAUAGCUCUAUUUGGGAAGAUCUUCCUCUUGACGUAAAGCUCAGAACAAUUCGAGACUACGCCAGGAUCAUUCUGGAACUCUCCAAGCUGAAGUUUGAUCGCAUUGGGUCGCUGUAUUUU